AUGUGGAAUAUUUUAGGUGUUUUCGGUAUUUUCCUCAUGUUGCCCGUGCUUGGGCAGAAUUGCUACUAUGACUGGACUGUUCCGGCCACUUCCAGGCCACUUGGCAUGCCAAAUACGCCCUACAUCAGCUACAAUGCCGGGCAAUCGUGCACGUGGAUCGCAAGGGCCAACACUGGCAACAUUAUUCAGCUCACGUGCAACGUCAUCAUUGCUGGUGGACUGAUGCCAGUGUGUCCCAUUGACUACUACGUGGUCUCGCCCACGGGACAGACGGAUUUCUCCGAUGGACGGAAGUACUGCGGUCAGCAGUCCUUUGUGGAACACUCCAAAGGCAAUCGCAUGACGAUGAAGCUGUAUUCCUCCAAGAAUUCCACAGGCGGACUCAUGAGUUGCUUCAUCAAGUCAGUUCCGGAUCCUUGCAAUUGCGGCAGGAGAAAUCGUCCGGCACGCAUUGUUGGCGGUUCUGAGACGGGAGCCAAUGAGUUUCCCAUGGUGGCGGCUUUAGUGGAGAGAGGAGACAGCAAGCCUUACUGCGGCGCAGUGAUCAUCUCACGGUCCCGCGCUCUCACCGUUCGUCACUGCGUGGCGAACAGAACCACAGACUCUUUCGAUAUGGUUGUAGGGGAGCACUAUGUGGCGAGCAACAGUGAGUCAGUCUACGCCAAGAUAUACACAAUAUCCGAAUACGCGUGCGUUAAUGGCUGUGAAGAUCGCAUUACGAAGUGGGAUGACGUCGCCAUGGUGAAAACGACCAUGGAAAUAUUCAUCAACUACGGCGUGGGGAUCACAUGUCUGCCCUGGAGGGACUACAAGGAGGAUCCCAAUGAGUACAUGAACCAGAAAGUCGAAGUCGCCGGCUGGGGCUUCACACAGGACAACGGUCAACCAAGUGAAGUCCUCCAGGUUGUCACGCUGGACGUCAUUUAUCCCGAAUAUUGCCAGAAACUCUACAACAACCUCACGUCGAACAACAUGUGCACCCAGACACCACGCAAAGGCACUUGCGACGGGGAUUCCGGUGGCAGCGUCUUCUGGACAGCGCCGGACAACAAUCGCCUCUACACAGUGGCCCUUGUGGAUUACGGCGUGGAUUGCGCUCUCGGUUGGCCAGGUGUCAAUGUCAGAGUGGCGCCAAAUCUGCAGUGGAUCCUUGAGAAUGCACCCGAAUCUGAUUUCUGUAUUGUCUAAAGAAAUUUCCAUCAUAUGUGCGCGUAAUGCUGGCUAAUGACUAAGGUCAUUAUCACAGAUAAUAAAGUAACACAAA